AUGGAGUCAUGGAUGAGAGACAAUGGGAAGCCUGCGCUUUUUGAGGCGUUGAGCGACGCGUGGGGUCGGAUGGAAGAGGAGUAUCAGGAUGCCAUCCACGCGGAAACACUCAAGAAGGUGAAAUUCGAUGCUGAAUUCAAGGUUCUCAAGGCCCAAGUAGCCAAUGUGGAUCGACUGGAGCAGCAGAACAAGGAUCUCAAGGAGCAGCUUGCUCAACUGAGGAAGAAUAACCAACAGAGGCAGCAGACUCCAAGCAAGAAUGCGCAAGGGGUCAGGACGCCUUUGGCAUCUCUGUCUGCUAAUACGCCGCGGAGUUUCCGAGCAUCAAGCAAGCAUGAUGACCAUUUAGAUGUCGACACCCUUAGUCACCCCGAUCUGAUCACGGCAUACUCGAGAUUAGAAGAGAAAUAUACCAAGCUCCGCAAACAAUUUUCCGACAGCGUGGAAGUUAACGAGCAGCUCAAAGCUCAAUGUAGGGAGAAAACGAAGGCUUACGAGAACUGGAUGAAACACGCCCAGACGCUGGAGGGGCAGGUACAUACACGGAAGAAGAAGAUCGAUAAGCUUAAGGAAGAGCUGCAGAGUCUUCGGGCUAGUAUAGGACAUAACGAUGCUGCCACGAACUCGUCGUUCGCGUCCGAAGCCAACUCCGUGGCGGGUGAUGGCCGAGGCGUUCCUGCAACCACAUUACGACAGGACCCGCUUCAUUUUGCUCAUGCCGCAACACUAUGGCCACCAGAGCAUCUGAACGAUGCUAAGCGCGAGUCCUCAGUUCUCAGUGGUGCAGAUACGGAGCGGGUGCCGUCUCUUCCACCAUGGCCUGAAGCGAGCGGCGAGACAGCUCACCGACUGCCCAGUAAUGAGCCUUCGUCGGACAGCCCUGUGAUUAUUUCGGAACGUCCUGUUCGCAAAAGAAGACGGAACGAUAAUCAACCCACUUAUGCGCCAGUUGCAACAAGGAUCAAGAGAGAGCCGGGCUCCGAUCCUGUAGUUGCUGACGAACAAUAUCCAUUUGUGCCCCAUGAGAGUAUUGACUUCGAUAAUGCCGAAGAGAGAUUGGUGACGCCAAGGAAAGCCAGGACGAUUCGUUCAGUCUCUCAAAAGGCGGCGUCAAUCUCGGGAAAGGAGGCCACCCCGGACGCGUUCUCAGCACAUGGCUCUAUGAGUGCCCAAGUGCAGGAACGUGAACGAGCUGCGGCACAAUGGCGUGCUACCGUAUUCCCCGACGAUGCCACGGAAGGAAUCGAUCACGAUGAUCUACCUAGACGAUCAUCGGCGCUCUACCCACUUGAUAUGCAGACGCCGCUCCCCAAGCCCAUGGCAAGGAAUGCAAAAUCCAAAAGAGUGGUUCCGUCCCUAGGCCUAUGCCAAGGCAUAGCGAGCCUUGCGGAAGACGGGGACGAGAACUCGCAGUCGCUUGGCCAUCAAUCAGCCAAGUCUGGCCGUCUCGAAAAUCUCCUCAACGCGGCUACGCCCGAGCGAAGUGCUAUUGCCGUUCCGUCCGGCGCGCGUCCGCAAGACACCCCUAGCGGCCAUCCAUUCAGCAUCUCGAUGCCCGAGAAGAGGGGGUUCCCGUGGCUCAAGAAAGUGCAGAAAAGCAAAGUCAGCGAAGCCUUGAAACCCCCCGAGACGCCUGUAGCAAACUCCUCAAAACGCACUCCUUCGGCGAUUCAAGCAAAUCUGACGACUCUGGAUGCCCCUAAGCAGUCUGCCAAACCAAAUCGGGGUAGAGGUCUACGAGACCGUCCAGUAUGGAGCCUCAGCCGUACGGACUUCAAGGUCAACCCCAAAUACAAUGACGGGCAUGACUACGCGUUUACCGAGGUGGUCCGCGGCAAAGACCGAUCCUGUCUGCCUGGCUGUGCGAGAGAAGAAUGCUGCGGCAAGAUAUUCCGUCCCAUGGCUCUUGCGGCACUCGACACGACGGGCGACAUAGCGAUGUCCUCCCUUCUGGAGGACUACCUUGGCGAAGACGCAGGAAGACUUGGGUAUAUGACACCGCAGGAGAAGAAGGACCUGUGGGUUGAGGCUAAGAUCAAGGACCUUUCAAACAAGCACGGCAGGCAUCGUGAGCGAUAUGGGGGCAUGCCGGAGCCUCCUGGUUACGACAGGAUGGGAUUCCCGAGUACGCAGGAGGACCAGGCGGACAGAGAAGAAGCAAGUCGACGGGAGCGCGAGGAAGUCGAACGUCGGCACGCGGAGGCCCUCCAGAAAGGACGCUGGCUGUUCAGAGACGAAGACCCCUGA